AUUUAUUUCAAUAAAUCACUUGUUUAAUGUAAACAAAUCCUAAAGUCCCUGUGGAUAUCCAUAAGACUCUUGAAGAUAACUUUAAAAUGAUAAAAGAGCAGGGAAUAAAUGAAAUAUGCAAUUUCAUGUUAUCUAGUUUAAGUGAAUAGGUAAAAUAAAUUUUAAAUAAAUAUCUAAGGACUUGCCAUAACAUCUAAGAUUAUAAUAUUUAUAUAAUGUCCAUUAGAUCAAUUAGAAAAGGAGUUUGACAGAAUUGUGUAACAAUUAAUUAGAAUGGAACAUAGUAAACAAUAUCAAAUAUGUAUUCUCAAUGCAGUAUGAUAGAGUAUGGGUAAGAUUUAGAUUAAUUACUGAAAUAAAUUGAUUCCCCUUUCACAUCAAUAUCCUCUGAAUAUUUGAGACCCAUUCCUUAAAUAUUAACACCAUCAUCAUGGGAAGAUAUUUCACCUCAAUUUAUACUUCAUCCAAUUUGGGAUUAUAAUGUCAAUCCAUUCCUUUUUCGAUUUUACUUAAUUUAAGCACAAUCCACCAAACUUUCUAUUUAAGAUCAAUAGAUUAUAUUGACUCUAUUCAAGUCUGAAUAUAAAAUUGAUAUUACACAAUUCAAUAAUCUUGUUGAACAUAAUCCUUAAUUAGUUAGUGAUAUGAUUACUAAAUUAAACUAAUCUGGAACUAAUGUUAAUGAGUAAAUCAUUUUCAUUUCAUAUUUAAUAGAUAUUUAGAUUACCUCAUUUAAAUCAAAGUCACAAUUCAAACAUUAGAAUUAGUCAAUUAACUAACUAAAAAUAUUACGCUCCCUGAUUAAUUCUUAAAUAUGUUUAUUACUAGAUGCAUUGUAACAUGUGAAGAAGUUAAAUAAGUAUUAUAAUCAUAUCAUUAUUAAAUAAGAAUCAAUAAUAAUUAGCUAGAUAAGUUAGAUUAGUUUCAGUCUUCAUUAAGACUCUAAUCAAAUAAAAGACAUUUAAUCCUAAGAAAAUUUAUGUAGAACUUUAAGGAUUCUGCUUAGAGUUUUCUACCAUCUAAGAAGCAACUCAAUUAUUUAAAGCUAUUAAAAAUGCUGUCUAAGAAUAAUGA